UCAUAUUCUCUCAGUUUCUCUCUCCUUUUUUCUUUACUUUCAACGGGCGAUAAUUUUUUGAAAGAAGAAGAAGAAGAAGAAACCCUCUUCACCAUCAGCGAUUUCCCCCAAUUUUCCUUCUCCAUCUCCCGCCAUUAAUUCUUCAGGGUAAUUGAGAGAUGAAUCAGAGAAGAUAGUAGAUAUGGAUGAUGAUGCUGAGAUGAUGGUGGAUGUGGAUGUUGAAGUGCGGUGUUUAGAGAACAAGCAAGAAACACCGAAUUCGAGUUCUUCUGUUUCUGAUGAGGACGAAGAAGAUCUUAAUUGUAGUGGUAGUAGUCUCUCGGUCAGGUCGGCUUCGUCUAAUCGGAGAAUCAGUGGUCCUAUAAGGCGAGCAAAGGGUGGUUGGACUCCUGAAGAGGAUGAGAAGUUGAGGAAAGCUGUUGAAUCUUUCAAGGGAAAGAAUUGGAAGAAAAUAGCUGCUAGUUUACCUCAUAGAACAGAAGUGCAAUGUCUGCAUCGAUGGCAAAAGGUUCUUCAUCCGGAUCUGGUUAAGGGACCAUGGACCCUAGAGGAAGAUGAUAAAAUCAUGGAGUUGGUCUCGAAGUAUGGACCCUCAAAAUGGUCCCUUAUAGCAAAAGAGUUGCCAGGUCGCAUAGGAAAGCAAUGUCGAGAAAGAUGGCACAACCAUUUAAACCCGGAGAUCAAGAGAGAUGCUUGGACCGUGGAGGAAGAAGUUGCACUCAUGAAUGCCCACCGUUUAUAUGGGAACAAAUGGGCGGAAAUAGCAAAGGUUUUACCUGGGAGGACUGAUAACGCAAUAAAGAAUCUCUGGAAUAGCUCUUUGAAGAAAAAGUUGGAUUUUUAUCUAUCUAGUGGACAAUUACCACCACUUGGUCCAGUUCUGAAGACCGAGGAUUACGCCCUAGCUAUGUCCAGAUCACCAGCUGCAGGAAACUCCAUUGUAUGUCUUGAUGAAGGGUUUAACACUGGUACACAGUCUUCCUUGGAAAAAGAUGAUUCGCAUAAAUUGGGUGAGGGUACUAUGGUUCUGGUACAGCCCUCGACCCCUGAAUUCUUGGAUAGGGAUGUUCCAACAGGUGUACAGGCAAUCAAAUCCAGUAACUCUGAUGAUAUUGAAGGAAAGCAAUUGGCAUCAGAAAAUUAUUAUAGCUGUAGCAAAUCAUUUUCAACACCAAACUCAGUCGAUUAUAGAAGCAAUGCAGUAGCUGAUCCAGAGAAAAACAUUGCUGCAACAACGUUGCCAAUGGCUGUUCCAGUCUCCAGUUCUUCUCUGUUUGAAAUGUCAGACUCUAACUCAGUUUUGUCACCUAGCAGUUUCUUAACUCCUCCACGUAUUAGGAAUAACGGUUUGGACGUGCAAAGUGCGGAGUCUAUUUUGAAGAAUGCUGCUAAGAGCUUCCAGAACACUCCAUCCAUACUAAGAAAAAGAAAGAGAGAAGCUGGUGGUACUCCGAAUAUGAUCAGGCAAACAAAUGGGUUAACAGAUGAAGAUAAGUCACAUUCACUCGAAAGAGAAAAAAUUGAGAAUUGCAAGGAGACACCUGGAUCUUUGGAGAGUAACAGUUCUACUGGUCGUGUUAAUAGUACUAUUAGGCUGUUUUAUACUAGGAAGAAGCAUCGUCCGUACAGAUCAAGAGUAGAACGACCUGACGCUUGCAAGUCUUUAGAAAAGCAACUAGAUUCCACAUUAGAUGGUGUUCGCACUGAUAAUAGCCAAUCUGAAUCAAUGAAAUCAGCCUCAGAACACCAAGGGAAGUCCACAAACAAGGAAGACGGACACGACCCACUCCAAAACUCUGUAGCAAGUUGAUUUCAAUCUUGAAAACAAAGGGAGAAGACAUCUCAGCGUAAAAACUAAAACUUCGAUGCAUAAAGCUCUGUAAAUUGGAAACAGUAACCUGCAAAACUGCACAUAAGUUGAUCAUCGGUGCGUAUUCUAACACAUUCAUAUUGUUUCACAUAUUGCCAUGUUAAUGAUAUUUUUAGUAAUAUUGGCCUGAUCAUGUUCAUGUAAAAAAAUUGUUAUUAAGGAAUUGGAUUCAAAUGUAACUGUACGGAAUAAGGAAAAUAUUUCAAACGAUUUAGUUGUGGCAAAUGUUACUGGGCAUUAUCGAUGUACAGAAAUUCCCUUUCAUUAUUGAGGAGUAGAAACUUUUACUGAAAUCUUUUACUAUUCAAAUUUGUCGGUGUGAUUCGACGAAUUUCUUUUUACUA